AUGGCUGCCAACCAGCACAUCGACCUUUCCGAGGACAACUCGGCUGCUUUGGUUAGCACCGUCAUUGUCUUUAUGGCCCUGAGCUGGCUCUCUGUCGGCCUCCGUUCCUAUACAAGAGCCUUCGUGAUGAAGAGUUACCAACUGGAUGACUGGCUCAUGCUCAUUGCUCAGGGAAUUUUUACUGUCUCUUGCGCUUUUAUCCUUGAAGGAGUGAAAGAAGGACUCGGCCGACACAAUGAAGCUAUUAAAGACGAUGCAGCUGAGGUCAAUGCUCUCAAGUGGCAAGCUUUGGCGACCGCGACUUAUGUCCUCGACAUGAUGUUCAUCAAGCUGAGCAUCGGUGUCUUCCUCCUGCGACUGUCGGUCAAACCGGUGUACACAUGGAUCAUCUGGAUCAGUUUGGCCGUCAUCACCAUCUGGAGCACAGUCAUCUUUUUCUGGAACAUGUUCCAGUGCAGUCCCGUCGAGAAACAAUGGGACUUUAGAAUUACUGGUGGUCAUUGUGUUUCUGCAGACCAGAUCGUCUCAGCCGCCUACGCCAUAAGUGCUAUGACUAUCGUGUCUGACUGGCUCUAUGCAAUCCUACCUAUUCCUAUGCUAUGGACUGUCAAGAUGACCAAGACAGCCAAGGCGACCGUUAUUGUCAUUCUGGGCCUUGGUAUUUUUGCAAGUAUCGCAACGCUCGUUCGUCUACGAUUUCUCGCCGAUCUCACCGACACCGACGACAUCCUUUUUGCUGGCACUGAUGCUAUGGUCUGGACGCUUAUCGAACCAGGCGUCGCCAUCAUCGCAUCCAGCUUGGCCACCAUUCGACCCCUUCUCCGGGCUAUGAAGAUAAGAGGCUUCGAGUCCACCGGGAACACCUAUGGCACAGGCCAUUCCGCUGCUAUGCGAUCCAACGCAAACCGAUCCAAGCCUGGUGUCAUGCCAGGUUUCGGCCCCAACGAUGUCUCGUUGAUGAACGUCGAGCCGAAACACGAUACGAUACGAAACAUCCCGAACGAUAUCAACAUUCCUUUACCCCCUCACAGGGGAGUACCCAACGGCCCUCUGUCGCCCGGCCAAGUUAGCAUCGUUAAGAGCGAGAUCUUGGUCAUCCAGGGCAACCGGUCGCCGCCGCCUUCACCCUGGCACGCCUCGGCGCAAAUUUCUUCACCGAACAAUUCGUUUGAACAAAUACACGACCUCGAAGCGCAAAGCCAGGAUAUAGACCGACACGGAAUCGGCGGCAGGAGAUGA